UAGUAAGUGUUUAGUGUUAUGAAUGUAAGUGCCAGAAAGUUCGCUGUUUUUCUUGCAGGCAGACAGGAGAAGAUGCGUGACCGAUGGGAAGCAGGCCGGAAAAAGGAGGACACGGGCUCGCUCAUGAUGAAGCAGUUGUGGAAGUGCGGGAUGCUGAGCCGUCUGUUCGGAUGUCUCUUCAUACAGAAUUUUUGUGACCGAUCACUCACGAGGGGCAAAGUUCGCAUAAUGAGUGCGUACACUUUCUACUCUGCAGUGUGGAUACUGUUCAGCACAUCACUGUCGGCCGUGUUCAUAUUUAAGGUGUUUCUGUCGUCCGAGAUAGCACACUCCUUCACCAAGUCCCUCAUUUUUAUAUUGAACAACGUGGUGACCGUCAAGAUCGUUCUAAACUUCACCUGCAUGACACUGGGCUCAUCCAGGCUGCUGCGGUUCCUGCGUGACUCGGAAGCCUACGAGAAAUCCGCGUCUUUCGAGAACGCCGACAGCCGAAGCGUUCGCAUCCGAAAGGUAGCCAGCUUGGCGGUGCUCGUGGUCGUGUACGGCCUGGGCAUGACCAUCUACGCGGGCAGCACGACGCAGCAGGACAGCAGCAUGCGCGUGCCCGUCCUGGUGUGCAGCUCUUUCACGCUGUUCGUCUUCCUUUUCUAUGACUCCCUGGCCUACGUGGUCCUCAGCUCGUGCUCGGCUGUCUUGGCCGAGUACCUGCGCGCGGAGCUGGCUACCCUGCGCAGCUGCAGGACGCCUUGGCACGUGGAACAGGUCCGGCUCAGGUUUUCCCUCAUCAAGAAACUCAAGCUCUCGCUCAAUCAAGUUUGGCACCCGGCUCUGGCUGUUUGGGCAGCGUGUCUCAUACUGGUGCUGUGCGUAUCCCUUUACGCUAUUUUCGACGGCGACAUCGGGCAGCCAGAAGUUUGGCUGGCCCUGGCAUACUCAGCUUACGCCUCAAUGAGUUUCGCGGACGUCGCUAUCUCAAGCCAGUGCCUGAGCGAUUUGGCACAGCAGCUGAAGGAUGCCUCACUUCUUGUGGAAAUGAGCGGGGAAUCUUACAAUGAGCAGGUCCAAUUUUUGCACAGAACGGUCGACCCAGAGGCCCUGUGCUUUACAGGGGGAGGUUUCUUCCAUCUUAACAAGGCUCUCUUGGUGUCUAUGUCCGGCUCCAUCAUCACGUACGCCGUCAUCCUAGUGCAGACGAGCGAAGAACUUGCUGAGCACGUAGAUGUCUCCCGGCUGGUCUGAACUGAACACAACUACCACGCUUGGAUUGACUGGUGGAAAACGUGGGCGCUUGGCUUUUUUCUGUGGGAUAUGGUGAUGUGCCCCUUCACCUGGACGAGCUGUUCAGAGUGACGCAGAAAGUCUGCAAGUGAUAUAUUUUUAUCAAAGACGAGCCCAAGACACAUGCCAGAAAAGCUAUCUACUAAGACAUUUCAGAAAUAUGAGGACGCAUAUUUAUUGUAUAUUUAUACAUAACAGCCGCUACAACGCGGCUGCAUGAAAGAAGAGGACGAAGUUAGUUUUUAUUUGAUGCUGGACUGGCGCCAUCUUGCUCGUCUGCGCGUUGUGAAUAGAUUAUCAAAGAAGUUACUCGUAACAUUAUGUUCAGACAUUUGCCAUGCAGUGCAAAUCUAGGCACAGGCGAACCCGCAUGGCUUCUUGCUGUAUGAGUGGAUUGAUUCUAGCGCGACCAGCCAAUAUGAUGGGUCGGACAGAAGUUCCGAGGCACUAAAGACAGAACUGGUUUCGUCCUUGUUCUUACGCGUCUUCAAUUUUUUCCCAGAUCGUGCUCCAACAAGAACGCGUUUGAGGCUAAGCAGGGAUGUUCAUAAAAUGUUUUUGAACAUUGAAUGCUAAAAAUAACUUACGAGUGCAAUAAACAGUCAGCAGGCAACCUAUAUAUGCAUUGUCAGGCCCAUGAUGUAGUGCAAUGUGCUCGCCAAGUAUUGCUUUGAUAGGUUUCUGAGUGGUGAAAUACGCAUUUGCUCAUAUAUUGUUUACAUUGCCCAGCACGAUUUUGUUGAUUUUAACGACUACAGUAUAGCUUCCACGAUGUAUUUGAGUUAUUAUUGGCCACUGCAUUCAUCUUACGGAUGUCUUGAAGCAUGCUCUUGUGCAGACCAAUCUGGCAUUCCUUACACACUUAUUGCUUGUACAUAUAACAUACAGUGACUUUUGUAAUUUCUUAAACACCAUGCUUGAAUAAAAAAAAUUUUAACCACCCA